GGGACGCGGCGGCGGCUCGCUCUAGUCGUGGCUCUUUCUCACUCACUGGGGAACCCGGUGGUGGCGGGCGGCACCUUCCGCGGCAGAGCCUCGCCGGCCCGAGCCUAAAGAGGGGAAAGUCGGGACGAGCGAGCGGACAGCGGGGAGCUAGCCUGCCGGCGCCAGUCGCCUCAGGUUCCGCCAUGAGCUGGGGCACCGAGCUGUGGGAUCAGUUCGAUAGCUUAGACAAGCAUACGCAAUGGGGAAUUGACUUCUUGGAAAGAUACGCCAAGUUUGUUAAAGAGAGGAUUGAAAUUGAACAGAAUUAUGCGAAACAGUUGAGAAAUUUGGUUAAGAAGUACUGUCCCAAACGCUCAUCCAAAGAUGAAGAGCCAAGGUUUACUUCGUGUAUUGCCUUUUUUAACAUCCUUAACGAGUUAAACGACUAUGCAGGACAGCGAGAGGUGGUUGCGGAAGAAAUGGCACACAGAGUGUAUGGCGAAUUAAUGAGAUAUGCCCAUGAUCUGAAAACUGAAAGAAAAAUGCAUCUCCAAGAAGGACGAAAAGCUCAACAGUACCUUGACAUGUGUUGGAAACAGAUGGAUAAUAGCAAAAAGAAAUUUGAAAGAGAAUGUAGAGAAGCAGAGAAAGCACAACAGAGUUAUGAAAGAUUGGAUAAUGAUACUAAUGCAACCAAGGCAGAUGUUGAAAAGGCCAAGCAGCAGUUGAACCUUCGUACGCAUAUGGCUGAUGAGAAUAAGAACGAGUAUGCUGCACAGCUGCAAAACUUUAAUGGAGAACAGCACAAGCAUUUUUAUGUGGUGAUUCCUCAGAUUUACAAGCAACUACAGGAAAUGGAUGAACGGAGGACGAUUAAGCUCAGUGAAUGUUACAGGGGAUUUGCAGACUCGGAGCGUAAAGUUGUUCCUAUCAUCUCCAAGUGUCUGGAAGGGAUGGUCCUUGCAGCGAAGUCCGUCGACGAGAGAAGAGAUUCUCAAAUGGUAGUAGACUCCUUCAAGUCUGGCUUUGAACCUCCAGGAGACUUUCCAUUUGAAGACUACAGUCAGCACAUUUACAGAACCAUUUCUGAUGGAACUAUCAGUGCAUCCAAGCAGGAGGGUGGCAAGAUGGAUGCCAAGUCCACAGUAGGGAAGGCCAAGGGCAAACUGUGGCUCUUCGGGAAGAAGCCAAAGGGCCCAGCACUAGAAGAUUUCAGUCAUUUGCCACCAGAGCAGAGGCGUAAGAAGUUACAGCAGCGCAUCGAUGAACUUAACCGAGGGCUGCAGAAAGAGUCAGACCAAAAAGAAGCACUCAACAAAAUGAAGGAUGUGUAUGAGAAAAAUCCACAAAUGGGGGAUCCAGGAAGUUUGCAGCCUAAAUUAGCAGAGACCAUGAAUAACAUUGACCGCUUACGAAUGGAAAUCCACAAAAAUGAGGCAUGGCUUUCUGAAGUUGAAGGCAAAACAGGUGGAAGAGGAGACAGAAGACAUAGUAGUGACAUAAAUCAUCUUGUGACACAGGGCAGAGAAAGUCCUGAGGGAAGUUACACCGACGAUGCAAACCAAGAAGUCCGUGGGCCACCGCAACAGCAUGGCCACCACAGUGAAUUUGAUGAUGAAUUUGAAGAUGAUGAUCCCUUGCCUGCUAUUGGACACUGCAAAGCUAUCUAUCCUUUUGAUGGACAUAAUGAAGGUACUCUGGCCAUGAAAGAAGGCGAAGUUCUGUACAUAAUUGAGGAGGACAAAGGUGAUGGGUGGACAAGAGCCCGGAGACAGAAUGGCGAAGAAGGCUACGUUCCCACGACAUACAUAGAUGUAACUCUAGAGAAAAACAGUAAAGGUGCAGUAACUUAUAUCUAAACUAACCAGGCGUCUUUGUGCCAUGUAUAACAUAAAAUGACAACACAUUCCACAGGUCAGAAAAACCAAAAAGUCAAGGGCAUCCUGAUCUAUAUUGUUCACUAUGUGAACUGAGUGCAGGCCUGAUCAGAGAGAUGUGAAUAUUGCCACAAGAAACUCUCUUUGACGCCUUACUGUUCAGUGAUGUUGGUGUGGAAGCUUAAUUGAUGCCUUUUGCUUUCUGUCCUGCCUAAGUGUGUGUAAAGGAUGUGUGCUUUUCUGCCUUAUAAAUAAUAGAUUUGAUUAUUAGGCAAGAAUCAUAGGUAGAAUGUUCCCUGACCCCUUCACUUCAGAGGCAACAGUGACUGUUGAACUGAAAUAAAAGCCUGCUCUGAACUGCAGGAAGCCGAUUUCCAGGAACGUCUCGACCUGGGAGCUUGAAUUUAUAGCUUCAGGUUCUAAGAAGAAAAGUAAUAGUUGGAUAAUUGGGUAAAAUAACAGUCAUUGUCCUUGCUAGUCUUAACUUGGUUUCCUAAAGAAAGAAAGAGAAUCCCUGGCAUAUAGUCUGUUUAAUAUGAACUCAUCACAGCAUCCCAGGAUAAAUAACCUGGUGGAGCUUGUGUGCAAAUAAGACAGCAUUGAGGCCUGAAAAUAUUUUCAGGCUUAUGGUAAUUUUUAAUGAUGUACAAAGUUCAUUCCAAGUUAAUCUUAAACUUGUACUUUUCACUUGAAAUUGUCUUUUAGUAUUGCAUUAGUGCUCAUUUAGCAUUUGGCAGUUAACUCGUAGGAGGAAUUGAAUCUAAUUCAGUGAAGAUAGAGGACAGUCUGGAAUGGAGGAAAGUGCUGGCAAUGGUGACUCUUAGAGGAGAAACAUUUUUUCUACUAAAAUAAAAGAAGGCCUCUGUACUACCAUUGAGGGCUUCAUUUUAGCGGGAUUAUUGACUGUCAGAGUAGAUACCUUUUUCCCAGUGUAUCACCAGAAGCAUCUGUUGGAAUCAUUGUCCAGUCAAGAGUUGUACAGUCAUGUGGCCAUACCCCAGUUGAUUGAGUGGGGAAGGAAAAGGAAGAAGCAGUAACACUGGCCUUUGCUUAUUUUAUGUUUCAAAGCUGGCUGGUGUUUUUAGUAGCUGAGUAUAAGAUACUUUUAGGAACAUUUGGGAUGGACACUUUAAACUGAAUACCCCUUUUGGUCUUACCAAAGGUCUUCAGUAAUUGUUUUUUUCUUUUUCCUCCUGGACUGCAGGUUCCUGAAGAGGGUUUCUGAGGAAAUGGGCAAGAUGUUGAAGGAGGUUACAUGCAGCUGCUUUUGGGGGGAGGGUAUUAGAGUUGUCAGGCUCAAAGAGAAAGUGAGAGAAGCAAGUUGCAUGAAUGCAUGCAGAUUUUUUUUACUAACUUCAUUAGCAUUUCCAUACAUUAAAAAAUUCAUUAUAGUACCAGUCCUUAAAUUCCUAGUUCACAUGGAAGAAAAAAAAAGCCAGCAAUGGCUAACCUCUUUUUUCAUUUAUUUUACUGAUACCAAAUCAGAAAGAAUGCAGAGCUGUCUUAAAGUUUGUCUUACUUUGGGCUGUCCCAAUAGGACUGUCUUCAUCCAGCUCUGUUUUAAUUGGCUUUUAGACCCGUCGUCUGUUAGAACCCUUGCCAUUUGUCAGUGUCUGCCUGAGCCACCUCCGUGCUUGCUUAACAUCCUGUUGCAUGUCUAGAGUUAUCUGGGCUUAGACUUUUCAGGCAUGUCUUUGUAAUCCCUUGUUCUUGUCAAAGCCUUUGUUUCGUUCUGCGUUUGUAGUGCAAAUCACUUUGUCAAACAUCUCCGCACUAAUGUUUCCAUAUUAGUAUUUGUGUAUGCUGCUAAAACUUCCCCACUGCAAACAUUCCAGUUUUGGCAUUAUGAAGACAUAGUCUGUGAACCUGAAGUAUUUAUGAUAAGAAAAAGAAAACAUCUCUGCUCUAGCCUACAGCCCAUUUAAAGAACUCUGUGAAAUGUGACACAUCUUCAGCACCUCAGUCUGGGAAGAAUCUAGUCAGCACUGAAGUCCUGGCAUAAUAAACACAGAGGAUACGCACCACCGAAAGGACUGUUGUCAAAAGUCAGCUGCUUCCAUUCAAAUGCUGCCUUAAACUCGAGUGCCUAAAUCUGUUGAUUGCCAACACUACCACUACAGUAUCCCACAAAGGGCUUUAUGUGCCAGCUCAGUGCUCCUCCUCCAACUCUGUGGCAUCGCCGCAGCUGUGAUGUAGCCUCGGUAGGUGGCUUCUAGAGCUCUACCAUGUGCAGCGGUGCAUCUUCAAAUUCAUGCAUCCAACUAAAGACCUGUCCAAGUCCAUUUUACUCUCAUCAGUUAUUUAUGACAAGUCUGAUGGACCUUCCCCUAUUGUCUUUUAACGGGGUGAUGACGAUCUCAUUUGGUUAUUACAAUGAUAGUCUGUUUCCAAGUGAUGCUUUUGUUUGAACCAGAUAAAAUUUAGUGAAACUUUGUAAUGAUCUAUGUGCACUUUUACUUGUAAAAUGGAAAUUUCUGUAUGUUUAUACUUGUAAAUACAAUUGUCGUUAGUGCUCUCAUUGCUCAUGUUGUCCUGCCUCGCAUUUGUGAUUCUGUUAAUGACUUGUAUCUUAACUAAUUUCUUAGUGGUCUUGUA